AUGGAGGAGGAGGCUGCGAGGAAGAGGAAGAUGCCCCGGGACCACCAGGUAGACAAGGAGCUGAGGACGGAGACCAGGGAGGACAAAUCCCCACAGCAGAACCUUGUGGAAGAGGCUAUUUUGAGCAAGCCCAGUCCAGGAUACUCUGAGGACGAAAGACCCACGCUGGGCCAGGAAGGAGGAAAGUGGUUCGGUCAGAGCUCAAAACUUGUGGUCCACGAGAAGAUUCAUGAUGGGGAGAAGCCCUACAAGUGCUUGGAGUGUGGGAAGAGCUUCAGGCAGAGCAGCACCCUGAUCAGCCACCAGAUGAUCCACACUGGGGAAUGGGCCUACGAGUGUGGGGAGUGUGGGAAGGGCUUCAGCCGGAGGUCUCACCUCAUGAACCACCAACGCAUCCACACUGGGGAGAGGCCCUACGAGUGUCCUGAGUGCCAGAAGAGGUUUCACACCAGCUCCAAUCUCCUCAGCCAUCAGCGCAUCCACACUGGAGAGAGGCCCUAUGACUGCCCCACAUGUGGGAAGAGGUUUCACGCCAGCUCCCAUCUCCUUUUGCAUGAACGGAUUCACACGGAUGAGAGGCCCUUUCUCUGUCCCGACUGUGGGAAGGGCUUCAAGCAAAACUCCCACCUCGUCACCCACCGGCGCAUCCACACUGGGGAGAGACCCUACGAGUGUCCACAGUGUGGGAAGAGCUUCUCAGACAGCUCUAACUUCACCAGACACCAACGGAGGCACCGGUAA